CAGAAAUCUGAAGGCUGUUGAAAAAAAAUAAAAAAAAUAACCAAAACCAUUAGCUUUCGGCUUAUCUAACUUGGCCCACAACUAAAAGUACUUUCGGCCUGGGCUUAAGAUUUUAUCAGUUUCUUUCCAUUUUCCAGGAAGACGAGACUUGUAAACGAGAUCUAGCACAUACCCCUUGUGUCGUAUUCGCGGAGAAGAACAAUUACGAAAAAGGCAAGGAGCUUCAUAAACCUCAGUAGAUCGAGAUUCUCUUUCCAUUUCGGACGACUAGAAGAACGAACACGGAUCGAAGAUGAACAUUUUCAGAUUAGCAGGUGAUAUGACUCACCUGGCCAGUGUUCUUGUCUUGCUUCUCAAGAUCCACACCAUCAAAUCCUGCGCCGGUGUCUCACUGAAGACUCAAGAACUCUACGCCAUCGUCUUUGCAACUCGAUAUUUGGAUAUUCUUACGAGUUUCGUAUCUGUCUAUAACACUCUUAUGAAGUUGAUAUUCUUAGGAAGUUCCUUUUCAAUAGUUUGGUACAUGAGGUACCAUAAGGCUGUCCAUAGAACUUAUGAUAGGGAGCAAGAUACCUUUCGUCAUUGGUUCCUCGUGCUUCCAUGCCUACUCUUAGCUCUUGUGAUUCACGAAAAGUUUACCCUCCUUGAGGUCCUGUGGACUUUUUCACUGUACUUAGAGGCUGUGGCAAUACUUCCCCAGCUUGUGUUGCUGCAAAGGACUAGAAACAUCGAUAACUUGACAGGGCAAUACAUAUGUCUACUUGGGGGAUACCGUGGGUUGUACAUUCUCAAUUGGAUAUACCGUUAUUUCACUGAACCACACUAUGUUCAUUGGAUAACAUGGAUCGCUGGGCUUGUUCAAACACUGCUUUACGCCGAUUUCUUCUACUAUUACUUCCUAAGCUGGAAAAACAAUAAAAAGCUGCAGCUACCAGCUUAAUGUCUAAUAAUUAUUCGAUGCUUGGGAAACGAAUUUGGUAUUGCGCACGGAAAGUUUGGGAUUAAUCAGUUGGUGAUUGCUGGUUAUAGAAGAGAAUGUUAUAUAGAAUUUGCAAUCUCUUUAGAAAUCUAACUUAUAAAUAUGUUGUACCUUUUCUUGUUUUUCUUCAAGGGCAGUGUUCCAAAUUUCUUCACUGAACCAUAAACAUCCAUAACCGGGAGUGUAGUCUUCUUUUUCAGUUGAAAAGAUUCAUCCAAAUGGUUGUCUUUGUCCAACUUGUUAAUAUCCUCUUUAUUUGACUAUAUAUAUUACAGAGUUGAGAUUGAAUGCUACAAGUUCAAAAGAGUUACGCGAGUUAUAUUUUCCG